AUGGAGUCAGACCGUGAAAUCGUCCACCUUCAACACCGGCGCUCCAUCGCCCGAGGGAACCAGCCCAUCAACCUGAAUCACUACGCCACCAAGAAGAGCGUGGCAGAGAGCAUGCUGGACGUGGCUCUCUUUAUGUCCAAUGGCACCCUCAUCACCCUCAUCAGCAUCUCUCUGCUCCUGCAAGUGGUCGUUGGCGUCCUUCUCGUGGUCAUCGCCAGGCUGAACCUGAACAAGCCAGAAAAGCAGUGGCGCCUAAACCAGCUCAACAACGCUGCCACCACCUUGGUCUUCAUCACUGUCGUCGUCAACGUUUUCAUCACUGCUUUCGGGGCACACAAGGCAGGCUCCGUGGCUGCCAGGACCUCCAGCAAUCCUAUCUAGUGGCUCCCUAGGUCCCAGGUGAGGUGCAGGCCCAGAGGGCCUCAGAUUCCAAGGGCUCACAAACAAACAACCUCCUCUGUCUCUGGAGGUUGGAGCAAGAGGGGGAAGGUCUAUAGGCCUGUCGGCAAGGGAGUCCAGGAAUAGCUGAUGGCACCUCGGGGGGAGAGACACGUGUAAAUUUCCCACGGCGCAGGCACCAUGUGCCGUGUACAUCCUUGAGCUGGCCACAGUACGUGCGCCAUGAGUGAGGUGUGGGCUUGAGCCUCUCACAGCACUUUCCUGAGUGACAUGUAAAGGCACAGUA